GCACAACUGCACGACCCCUCGCCGGCCAUGGAGGCCUCCGCCACCGGCGCCGCGGAUCCGCACUUCCCGAUUUACAUCUCCUCGGACGAGGAAGACGGGCACGCCUAUUUCAUCGAGUCCUAUAGCCCCGAGGAGGUCCAGAUUCAGCAGACCAUUCUUCUCUCCCUGUAUACCUCUCGCGCCCAGACGGCCGCCGCCUGCUCCGCUUCCUCCUCUUACCCUACUGGUGCCUCCUCCACCCCUAAGGCCGGUACCUCCUCCACCCCUAAGGAAACUCCUAUCGAUCACAAAAGAAAGCGCAAGCUUAAACUAGAAGACGACACGAACGACUCCAAAAUGAAGCGGUCCACGCGCAACCGCUUCAACUGCGCCAUCUGCUUCGAGAUGGUUCUGGCUGCGGAGAAGUUUGUUGUGAGUCACUGCCCUCACGCGUUCUGCAACAGUUGCAUCGGAAGGUAUGUCGCCGGCAAGGUAGCCGACAACGUAGCCGUGAUCGGGUGCCCUGACCCCGCGUGUGAGACGGGGUUUAUUGAGAUGGAUCUGUGUCGGGAUAUCAUCCCGCCUGAACUAUUUGACCGGUGGAGUGUCGUGCUGUGCGAGGAGCUACUGGGUGAUGAUAAGUUCUACUGUCCGUUCAAGGAUUGCUCGGCACUGUUACUAAAUGAUGAUUCGGCGAAGAUCAGGGAAACAGAGUGUCCCCACUGUCACAGGCUGUUCUGUGCUCGCUGCCAUGUGCCAUGGCACGAUGGGAUCGAGUGCAAGGAAUUUAGGAAGCUUGGGGAUGACGAGAAGGGGGAGAAUGAUUUGAUGCUUAAGAAACUUGCUGACAAGGAGAAAUGGCAGAGGUGCCCCAAGUGCAGGAUGUAUGUUUCGCGAAAAUCUGGGUGCUUGUUAAUAAAUUGCAGGUGCAAACAGUACUUCUGUUACCAUUGUGCUGCACCAAUGGAUAGGGAAACUCACUAUUGUGAGAAUUGCAAGCACUAGAGAAGUAGAUUAAGGUCUUUUUAGAUAAUGAGUAGGUAAAGCUCUUAGUUAACAAUGCAGGCUCCGUGCGCAGUCGUAGGUGAUACCUAAGUAGAAUUUUAUCCCCUUUUAGUGGAAGUAAGUUCCACCUUUCUGCCAUCGUGAUAUUGUUGAGCUAUAGAGUUGAUGUGCUGAAGUUAUCCUUAAAGCAUCCUGCAUUCCUGCAUCAUGAACUCCCUCCGUCUUGUAAUAUAAUGCUUUACAAAAUAUUUUAAGAUAACUUGAGAGAAU